AUGAACACUAAACUUGUGACUCUCUGCGUGCUAUUACUUGUUGUCAGCGGAGCUGCUGCUCGACAAUGUUAUCAGUGUGCUGCGUGUCCAAAACCUUUCAAAGGAAAUGAAGCAGGUGUGACCAAAGUCGAUGUUGGCGAUUAUGAUUAUUGCUUCAAAUCAAUAGUACCCAUCGUUGGUACAAUAGUAAAAGGUAGUGCUGGUAGAGAUUGCAAUCCUGUCGGCUCGACAUAUCUCUGUUGCAAAGGUGAUUUAUGCAACGGAUCAACAUCAGCUAUGUUCAAUGUUAAACUUUUGACGGGAAUGGUAGCAGCAUUUUUUGCAAUUCGAUUCUUUUAUUGA